AUGUCGCCAUCCACUUCCCAUAUAUCUAGCCAGCUACGACAGUUGAUUUACUACCACUUGGAUAACAACCUGGUACGGAACGCGCUCUUCCUCGCUGGUCGUUUGCACGCCUACGAGCCCCGGACGUCGGAAGCCUCAUACCUACUCGCCUUCUGCUACCUUCAAAAUGGUCAAGUGAAAGCUGCGUGGGACUACAGUCGCAACUUUGGGUCGAGAGGGACACACCUGGGUUGUGCAUAUGUCUAUGCUCAAGCAUGUUUGGACUUGGGGAAAUACCUAGACGGCAUCACGGCUUUGGAGCGAAGUAAAGGCCUGUGGGCCUCAAAGAAUCACUGGAACAAACACAGCGAAACACGCAGACAACACUUGCCGGAUGCCGCGGCCGUCAUGUGCCUACAAGGGAAAUUAUGGCACGCACACAAAGAUGUCACCAAGGCUGUAGAAUGCUACGUCGAGGCUCUAAAAUUGAAUCCCUUCAUGUGGGAUGCAUUCCAGGGUCUCUGCGAAACAGGGGUCAACGUUCGCGUCCCGAAUAUCUACAAAAUGAACUCUGAAUUGCUCUCGAAUUUGUCCCCCGCCUCGCAAGAGGAUGUCGACCCUGCCGCCGACAAGUCAAUGUCGACAACAGGCAGACCCCUCCAGUCCCAGGCCAAUACGAAUUCUAAUUCCGAUCCCUUUCUUUCUGCGACAUCCCGGAGUGACUCGGCUACCACCCAUGGUAGCUCAGCCCUAUGGGAGAAAUUCAACGGCAGCACUGUCAGCGUUGCGUCCACGGGUGCAUCGGUACCCGUUGCUCGAGAAGGGACGGAGACCCCUGGAGGUCAAAGCAGUGAUCCCGAUGAGCUUCGCGGCGUGAAUGGAACAGCCGCUCCCGAGCCCGCGUGGGAUCCUCCAUUAGCCCCUGCACGGAAGAAUCGGACAAUCCAGACAAUCGGUACCGACCAUGGGAUGGACCCGCCACCGAAAAUGAAGCCCACCGGUAUUCGGCAAAGAGCCCGGACAAGAGCCGAACAAGAGGAACACGGCGCCCCACAGUCGGAUAGAGAAGCUAUGAGCAAGAUCGGAGAUCGCAAACGGACGGUCUCAGGCCAAGUCGCACAUCAAACACCACAACAACCCACAGAACCAGGGGCACCACAGCGCCGGAGCGUGCGGUUGUUCAAUCAGAUCAAACCAACAACAAGCAAACUGUCGAGCACUACCCUUACCACGAAGGAUGGCCGGGAGCUGAAAAGAGUGAGACCUACGGGUGCCAAGAGUCGCACCGCAACAAGCACUCAUAGCGGUCGUGUUGUGAGCGGCGGCCGGAAAAUUCCUAACGAGAUACUCGAUAGCGAUGGCAGGGACUACCGAACUAUGUCUUCGACGAACCCUAGUUUGCGGAGCAGUGGGGCUGAGAAGUCCAAAUCCGUGGAGGCUUUGGCCUGGCUACUAGAUCUAUUCUCCAAACUUGCCUCCGGAUAUUUUGCCCUAAGCCGGUAUAAGUGCCAGGAUGCAAUCCAGAUAUUCAAUGGCCUCUCGCAGGGCCAGCGAGAGACUCCCUGGGUUCUGUCGCAAAUUGGACGCGCGUACUACGAGCAAGCGAUGUAUUCCGAGGCCGAAAAAUACUUUGUCCGGGUUCGGACCAUGGCUCCAUCAAGACUUGAUGACAUGGAGGUUUAUUCGACGGUACUUUGGCACCUGAAGAACGAUGUGGAGCUCGCAUAUCUCGCUCACGAGUUGAUGGAAGUCGACCGCCUCUCUCCUCAGGCCUGGUGUGCUGUCGGGAAUUCCUUUUCCCACCAACGCGACCAUGACCAAGCCCUGAAGUGCUUCAAGCGGACUACGCAGUUGGAUCCCCACUUCGCUUACGGGUUCACCUUGCAAGGUCAUGAGUUCGUCGCCAACGAGGAGUACGAUAAGGCUUUGGAUGCGUACCGACACGGGAUCAGUGCAGAUAGCCGCCAUUAUAACGCCUGGUAUGGGCUGGGUACAGUCUAUGACAAGAUGGGUAAGCUCGAAUUUGCAGAGCAGCACUUCCGAAACGCAGCCAGUAUCAAUCCCACCAACGCCGUCCUGAUCUGCUGCAUUGGGCUGGUGCUUGAAAAGAUGAACAACCCGAAAACGGCUCUUGUGCAAUACAGCCGUGCGUGCACUUUGGCACCUCACUCGGUGCUUGCACGGUUCCGCAAGGCUCGUGCGUUGAUGAAACUCCAAGAGCUCAAACUGGCCUUGGCCGAGCUCAAGAUCCUCAAGGAUAUGGCGCCCGAUGAGGCCAAUGUGCAUUACCUUUUGGGUAAACUCUACAAGAUGCUGCAUGACAAGGGCAAUGCGAUCAAGCAUUUCACGACGGCCCUGAAUCUGGACCCUAAGGCCGCACAGUACAUCAAGGACGCCAUGGAGUCCCUCGACGAGGACGACGAAGACGACGAAGACAUGGCAUAA